UGCAUGGAAAUGCAUACUUGUGAUACUGGCAUUAAAGUUUUCAGUGUAAAAUUUUCACGUAUGUAUUUAAUAACAUAAUCAUUACAUGUUAAACAAUAAAUAAAACGAUUGCAGUUACCUGGUUGACGAUAUUUUUCUACUGUUUUUGGAUGGCCUACAAUAUGGCUCUUAGGUCAUUUUUACAUAUAGGUGAUAGUACAUAUAAAUGUGUUUUUACUACAAUAAAGUUUAAACCUAAAUUAUAUGUAGUUGAAGGAUAUAAACAAAUUAGAAAUUUUCAUAAGUUCAGAGGUAAAACAAAACUAUCACAAUCAUCAAAUUCACUACCAGAAGAGUUCCUUAAAAAGCAAUCAGGAUAUUUUCCCAAUUUAUGGAAACCAUUUACCUUUACUAUCAUAUUUAGUGCAACAACAUUUAUUGCGGCUGCCAUUUGGGAAUAUGAACGUGUCAGAGAUAAAACCUAUAGGAUAAUCAGAAGUUACAAACAAUGGGGAAUACAUCGAACAGGAUGGAGACAUACAAUGGAGAAUUGGUGGAAAAACUUAUCAGAAGGAGAAAGAAUAUUUAUUCCUAUAUGUUUCUUAAAUGUGUUGGUAUUUUUGUCAUGGCAUAUACCAGCAUUUCGAUUGACAAUGUAUCGAUAUUUUUCAUGCACUCCUACUACUAGUAGAUGUUGGCCAAUGUUGUUUGUAACAUUUUCGCAUUGUUCCCUUCUUCAUUUAAUUGUCAACAUGUAUGUAUUAUAUGGUUUCUCUAAAAUUGCUGUGGCUCAACUGGGUAGAGAACAAUUUUUGGCACUUUAUUUAAUUAGUGGAGUAGUAUCUAGUUUUUCAAGUUAUUUAUAUAAAGCUGUCGCUGGAAUAAGAGAUCCUUCCUUGGGAGCUUCAGGAGCAAUAAUGGGUAUCUUUGGAUUUGUAUGUACUCAGUUUCCAAAUGCAUACCUAUCUAUUAUUUUUCUUCCAAUGUUCACAUUUACAGCGAGUAUGGCCAUGAAAGCUAUAAUGGGUUUGGAUACUUUGGGAUGCCUUUUGCGUUGGCAACGUUUUGAUCAUGCAGCACAUUUGGGUGGAGCAUUAUUUGGAAUAUUUUGGCAAAUGUGGGGUAGUGCCAAUAUAUGGCAAAAACGUGAACCAGUAUUAGUAAUUUGGCAUCAAGUCCGUGAACCACCUAGAUCUAAUUAAUACCUCCUUGUUAUAAAAUUGAUACUAAUACAUAUUAUAUAUUUGUAAUAUUAUGAAAAAUUUUGAAAGUUAUAAGAAGUGGAAUUAUAUAAGAAAGAAAAUGUAUUUAUUUUGUUCUUUAUAAUUUAUGAUAAAAUUAUUAAAAAUUUUAUAGUAAGGAAGAAGAUACACAAUUUGGGGUACACGGGCUUGGAAUGGUCUGGCAAAAUUCAGGUGGAGCAGGUGAGAUCUCGAUACGUGUAUUACUCAAGAUUCCGAGAGUCAUUUCGAAUCGAUUCGGUAAUAAUUAAUCAGGAACGAUACUAUCCUUUCCUAAUAAGUAAAUCUUGAUUUCUUGAACAGAUUGCAUCUGAGUUCAUGCUUACAUACAGGGUGUUCCGUUUAAGUGAGAACAAUGGGAUACCUCAUAAGGGAUUGAAGUUAUUAAAAAAAUGUUUUAACAAAAGUUUGUUUGGUUCGAAAGGGGACGUCAUAUGGUACAAAUUAUUUUUUUACGGGUCGAGUAGUGAGAAGAUUUUAAGAUCAUCAUUUUUCUAAAUAGGGUCAUAUAUUUUUUAAUAGGGAAUCACCCGAUCUCACCUGAAUUUUUUUGAUUCGUACCAAAGCUUGGGUUCCCAAGUCUCGGAACGAUUCCGCAUACACAGAACAAAAAUAAGUAAUUGUUAUAUUUUGCAUAUGCAUAAUUUAUAUAAUUAAAUAUUAUAUCUCUUUUGA